AUGAGCUAUGCAGGUUUCGCACCCCAACCGUUGGUGCCUCCUCAGCAGGCGAUACCAACACCGCAGUUUACGCCGUCGCAGUCCUCGAACAUCCAGAACUCUCGCAAUGCCUCUUCCUUCACCUCACAGCAAACAUUCACGCAAGUUCGCACCACUCAUGGUCCACCUUACCAGCGUCGGCCAAGUUACGAUGCGGCGUACGGCACUCCGGCAGCCCAGUCAACAACUCCCUAUGCUUCCAUAGUUCCUCCUCAACAGUCUGCAACUUUGGCGCCACCACCGAUGAUGGGCCCACCCAUGCGCUGGGGGUUCGAGAAUGCAGGUUCCGUUGCCGGAGAGUAUACUGCGGCUCAGCAUGGAAACCAACGGGGCCCGCGUCCAUUCGGUGCUUAUGGUAGCAAGGCUUCCGUGGGAUCUACAUCAGUACAGCAUGCAAAUAAGCGUGACCAUACCUCAGCUUUCGGAAUGCCACGGUCAAUCGGACCUCGAGUUCCCGCGCCACCUCCCGUCCCGAGCUUUGGCAAUCCUUUGCCGUCAAAACCACCUCCACCAGUUGACGCUACCAAGAAACCCAACAAAAAAAAGAGAAAACAUAAUCAACUGGGACUGACACCGAAGACAGAGGAGCAUGAGUCUAGUGAAGAAGAGGAGGAUGUAGAUGACGAGGCGAGAUUGGCCCUAGGAGGUGCUGGGGCUGCAGCUCCAUUGCAAUUUACUUAUAAGGGACGCACGGCUACUUUGCGGACACCUGAAGAAAUUGCCUCUUGGAUUGAGGAACGAAAGAAACGGUUCCCCACUCAGGCGAGAAUUGCGGAGAAAAAGAAGGCCAUGGAGAAAGUGAAGAAAGCACGAGAAGAAGCGCAACGACAAAUGGAGUCGCAGAAACAGGAGGCAAGACGUCUGCAGAAGAAUAAUCCGGGCCAGAAGGGGCAAGCAGAAACCGCGAAUCCGGUGGAUGCGGCUGCAAGAGCGAAGCAGAAGGCCGAUAGGCUGCGGCGAAAGCUCUUGAAGGAGCAAAAACGGGUGGAAAAGGCGGAGGCAGAUGCCGAGCGGGCUCAGAUGCGAGUUGAGGAACUGCAGAAGGGACAGGUCGACGUUAGUACGGUGAUAACUCCCGAAGAUGACCAACCUCAGCCGGAGGCUCAAAGCAACCUGGAUACGACGACCCGCACGGCGCAAGAGCUGCAGGACCAGCCUUUGGAGUCUGGGAAUAUCGCCAAUGGAGGUGCUGAAACGGCCAACGGAGCUAUUCCUAUGCCAAUAUCAGGCAUCGAGCCAAGCCAUGAACACAUGUCUGAAGCCGCUGUGUCGUCUUCGGACAGCUCUAAUAGCAGUGAUUGGACAUCGUCGAGUGGAUCAGAUGUCUCCUCUUCAGGCUCCGAUGACAGCGACGAUGACUCCACGCCAGAAGAAGCCACUUCUCGCCGCGAAGGACCCGAGCGAGUGGCACCGCCUGCGCGCGAGGCAAAGAAAAGGUGUAAGUUCCUACACCAAGCACCCCAACGCAGAGCCAAAGCGAAACCUGUGGAGAAAAAGGGGAGGAAGGGACUCUUGCAAGCGCUUCUUGACCGCCAAAAAGAGGACAAUGAUAGAAGGGCAAUGGAGGUAAUCAUGUGGUUGGGAGAGAACGGAUACCUAGAACCUCCUCAACAGAACAAGGAGGACGCUUCAGAGAAAUCGGGCGACGCAAAGGUCACCCAAGAUACGAACGAGAGCCAGAGACUAUCAAAGAAAGCGAUGUCGGAGCAGGCCACCAUGUCUACUGCUCAACAAGUGGCUGCAAUGCAUAAUUUUAAUGUCUGUCUUUCACAGGACAGGGGCGAUGAGUUCGUACUUACAGUUACGGGCUAUUAA